AAGCCCUCCAAAAUAACCCAAAUGAGCUCUUACUUUGUAAACUCGUUCUCAGGGCGCUACCCAAAUGGCCCCGACUAUCAGUUACUAAAUUAUGGGACCAGCAGUUCCAUGAACGGUUCUUACAGAGAUUCAAGCACCAUGCAUUCCAGCUCUUAUGGCUACAACUACAAUGGGAUGGACCUUAGCAUCAACCGCUCAGCCUCCUCUAGUCACUUUGGGGCUGUGGGGGAGAGCUCCCGCGGUUUCCCUUCUCCAGCUCAGGAGAGCAGGUUUAGACAGGCGUCUAGCUGCUCCUUAUCUUCUCCCGACUCCCUGCCCUGCUCCAACAGCGAGAGCCAUGGAGGCAAGCCCGCCCCGUCCCCCUCCGACCAAGCUACUUCUGCCAGCACCAACACAAAUUUCACAGAACUAGACGAGACCAGCGCGUCCUCGGGAGCCGACGAGGGCACUCCAAUAAGCAGCAGCAUCCCCCGAGCGCAGGCAGAGCCCAUCGCAACCUCCACCGCAGCACCAGAAGGGCAGGCACCUCAGAUAUUCCCUUGGAUGAGGAAACUUCACAUUAGCCAUGACAUGACUGGACCAGACGGUAAGAGAGCGAGGACAGCGUACACUCGCUACCAGACCCUGGAGUUGGAAAAGGAAUUCCACUUCAAUAGAUAUCUCACCCGCAGGAGGAGAAUAGAGAUCGCUCACGCUCUCUGCCUCUCCGAGAGGCAGAUCAAAAUCUGGUUCCAAAACAGGAGGAUGAAAUGGAAGAAGGAUAAUAAACUGAAAAGCAUGAGCUUAGCCUCUGCGGGCAGCGCCUUUCAGCCAUAAAUUAUAGAGGAGGAAUAUCGAGGAAAGAAGAGGAAACAAUAAAUAAAUACGUAAAUAAAUAAAUAAAGCGCAGCAGAUCUUAGUUUCAGAGUACUGUACAGUGAGGCACCUUCUUUUCGGCAUGUUGUUGAUAUUCUAAAACAACGCGUAUGGUACCGUUAUCCCAGGACUGAGUUCAUGUCGUGUUCUUUUUUUUUAUUUUUUUAAUUAAAUUUUAUUUCCAGAUGCUCCUCAUGCUCUUGUUGUUCUUAUAAAUGUAUAUGUCCGUGCUCUCUUGAUGCUUUCUGGAAAGCUAGCAUGUUUUAUGUGAGCCUUUUAAAUGUUAUAACUUAUUUAUAAAUUGAUAACAGAUACGAUUGUUUGUUUAUUUGUUGGGUUUUUUUUCCCCUUCCUGAGUUUACUGGUUUUGGGUGAGUUCUUCUCUGCCUAAGCUAAAAUCGGGGGUUCCUGCACUACAGUCGCAGAAAAAAAAUCAAAAAACAAACAAAAAUGUAAAAAAAAAAAAAAAAAGAAAAAAGAAAAGAAAAAAAGAAAAAGCUCUUGUAUCUUUCUGUCUUAAAAUUGUCCAGUCUGUGUUUUAGUUCAAACUUCAGGCCAGGAUUUCUAAUCCCAGGCUAAUUCUGAGAUGUACUCUUAGACGUGGGUAAACUUCACUAUUAAAAAAAUGUAUAAAAUUGGACCAACAAUAGAGUGCUCUAAUGUUUGUAAAUACUAGAAAUAUUUCUGAUGUGACUAAUAGACAGUUCGUAGUGGGCAGAGUGAAUGCAAUGUUAUGUGUAAAAAUGGCAUCUGUCAUGUCUAGCUGCCUGGUAGUACUUUGCCAAUAAGCUUUUUGUAUUUGUUUGUAGCUUUACUUGAAGUCAAAUAAACGUUUCUCCUACUCACAAA